AUGUCCGGCAACCCCAACGACCACAACGACCCGAACCGGCAGGGCCCGUACCGCAAUCCCAACGAUUUCAACGAUCCUAAUCGGCCGGGACAGUAUCCGCCUCCACCGCAAUGGAAUACUAGUCAACCUGAGCAGCCUGCUGACGGCCAAGCUCCUCACUAUCCGCCAUCCUCUCAGUAUCCUUAUCCUCCGGCUUCGUACCCUCCAACUUCAUAUCCCCCGACUUCCUAUCCACCACCAGAGCACCAAUACCCGCCUGCACCUGGGCAGUAUCCGCCUCCGCCGAACAUGGCAGCUAUCCCCCCUCCACAGUCGCAGGACCCCUACCGCAUGGCACCCCCUCCCGGCUCCUACCGCCCCCCAGACAUGUACAGCGCACCCCCUCCGCCUCAAGUAGUCUACCAAGCUGCUGCUCCCCGUCAGCGGACUGCCAUCGCGUGUCGUUAUUGCCGGAGACGGAAGAUUCGUUGCUCGGGAUUUGAAAGCUCUCAGGAUGGACGCUGCAGCAACUGCAUCCGCUUCAACCAGGAGUGCAUGUUCACGCCAGUCUCAUCCCAGGCGCAAGCCUUUGUACCUGCCCAUGCCGCCUACCCGCACCUACGGAAUGCCCAAAACCAAGGCCGCGGACCGCCUCCUGGAGGAGUGAUGCUCUAUGGUGCCCAUGGCCAGCCUCUCCCACCACAGCAGCAGCCGGAGAGUACACUUCCAUCCGCGUACCCUCCUCAAUACGCAAACGCUCCUCCUCUACCCAAUGGAGCUCAGGAUCAUAGGCCUGUCGGUCGUCGAGGAUCAAGCUCCGGUUUUGAAUAUCCCGAUCCCACAAAUCUCGCCCCGGUAACACCCGCUUCAUCUGCCUCUGGCUAUCAGACGUAUAGUGCGACGAGUCCAUACUACCCGCCGCCUCCUCAGCAUGAGCGACGUACCUCUCCGCAAUCUAGUUACCCCUAUGAUGGUCGCCAUUCCUCGUCUCCUCACAGCUCCCCGUAUCCCCCUGUUCACCCCAACCAAGGGGCGAUGACUCCUCCCCCUACUUCCACCCCGGGUGUUUCAUCUCGCGGUGGACUGAACGUGCGAGAUAUGUUGAACCCUGGAGAAGGUCAGAACCCGGGCCAAGGUCGUUCUAGCACCGAUAGUGACAUGCUCAAUGCAUUGAACCGUCGGGGCCUAGGCCAAUAG